AGCUGAGCUCCCGCCUCCCUGCAUGCUAAGAGUGGAGGGUGUGUGUGCGCGCGUGUGUGCGUGUGCGUUUGCCUAACUUCGGACGAGGAUGGAGAAGUACGAGAAGAUGGGGAAGAUCGGCGAGGGCUCGUACGGCGUCGUCUUCAAGUGCAGAAACAGGGACACCGGGCAGAUCGUCGCCAUCAAGAAGUUCGUGGAGUCUGAGGACGAUCCCAUCAUCAAAAAGAUCGCGCUGAGGGAGAUCAGGAUGCUCAAGCAACUGAAGCACAACAACCUGGUGAAUCUGAUCGAAGUGUUCAGACGAAAGCGGAAGCUUCACCUGGUGUUCGAGUACUGCGACCACACCGUCCUCAACGAGCUGGACCGACACCCGGCCGGCCUCCCGGAGCACCUGGUCAAGAGCAUAACCUGGCAGACUCUCCAAGCCGUCAACUUCUGCCACAAGCAGAACUGUAUUCACAGAGACGUGAAGCCGGAGAACAUCCUCAUCACUAAACACCAAGUCAUCAAACUCUGUGACUUCGGCUUUGCCAGGAUUCUCACGGGGCCGUGUGACUACUACACAGACUACGUGGCGACCCGCUGGUACCGGGCCCCGGAGCUGCUGGUGGGGGACACACAGUACGGCCCCCCGGUUGACGUGUGGGCCAUCGGCUGUGUGUUUGCCGAGCUGCUGUCUGGGAUUCCUCUCUGGCCCGGCAAGUCUGACAUGGACCAGCUGUACCUGAUCCGGAAGACUCUGGGAGAUCUGAUCCCUCGACAUCAGCAGGUUUUCAGCAACAACCAGUUCUUCUGUGGCGUUUCCAUCCCAGAGCCUCCAGAGAUGGAACCUUUGGAGCUAAAGUAUCCAAAUCUUUCGCAUCAAACUCUGAGCCUCAUGAAGAGCUGUCUGAGAAUGGACCCGUCUGAGCGGCUGACCUGUGAGCAGCUCCUGCGGCAUCCCUACUUCGACUGCAUGAGAGAAAAAAGCGAGGGCACGACUCGAGAGCACAAGAGGACGCGGUUGCCUCGGAGACACCUGCCCCCCGGGUAUUUGCCACAGCUGACCAGCAGCAGCAUCUUUCCCGCUCUGGACAAUAAGAAAUACUACAACAACCUGCGCAAGUUCAACUACCACCUCCCAAACAUCUAAACACGCCGAUCCCGGUCCGAAGUGAAGCCGGACGCCUGCGUUUUCUGAACCGCGCAGGAAAUGAAGCAGAGACUUAAGGACUGUAGUUUCCUUCCAUAAAAAGAAAACAACUGAUUCAA